AUGGCUUCUAAUCCUUGGUGGUCCUCGUCUUCGGAUGACGAAGAGGAGAUGUUUUUCGGAAACGCUAUACUACGGGCGGGACAGAUUUUAAUCGAAGAGGAAGAGGAAGAGGAAGAGGAAGAGGAAGAAAUUGGUGAAAAUGAGCGCACGACAAAUGAUGUUCAACAGUUGUACCAAGCUCAUGAAGCAAGGCACGGGUUUCCGGGAAUGCUUGGUAGCAUUGAUUGUAUGCAUUGGGAGUGGCAUAGUUGCCCGACUGCGUGGCGCGGCCAAUAUACGCGAGGUGAUCACGGAUAUCCAACCGUGAUACUUGAAGCUGUGGCAUCACAAGAUUUGUGGAUAUGGCAUUCUUUCUUUGGUCUCCCUGGUUCACUCAAAGACCUCAACGUGUUAUACCAAUCGGCCAUUUUUACCGAUGUCGUUAAUGGAACGGGACCGGACACAUGUUUUACAGUUUCUGGGGUAGAGUAUAGACGUGGGUAUUAUCUUGCUGACGGGAUAUAUCCGUCUUGGUCUACAAUUGUGAAGACUAUUCCAUAUCCCGAGGACGAAAAACGGAAAAAAUUUGCGAAGCGUCAAGAAGCGGCAAGAAAAGACAUCGAACGUGCUUUUGGUGUCUUACAAAAAAAAUGGGCCAUCCUUGCACAACCGGCACGUGCGUUCACCCCAAAAAGGCUGCGUCUUUGUAUGUACGCUUGCAUUUUGCUCCAUAACAUGAUUAUUGAAGACGAGGGUCGGGCGAUUUGUGAGUAUGAUGAGAAUGCACCUUGGGGGAACACUGUCCCGGUUGAUCCCCCACAACAGGAUUUAAACUCGUUCUCGCUAACAAACGACUUCACGCAUGCAAACCUUCAACAAGAUCUGGUAGAACAUAUUUGGAACAACGUUAACAUGGUGGACGAUGACGGAGCCGAAGGCGAAGACGAAGACGAGUAG